AUGCCUGCUCUCCUCUCCCCAACUUACCCAUCCUUUGCACUCGUGGUCACUGAAGCGUUCUUUGACGCUCGGCCUCCGCCGACCCCAGCCACGCGCCACACGGACAGCCUGCGUCUUCCCUCGAGGUACGAGCCUUACCCGCGUCCGAGUCCAAGACUCGACGAGCCCAUGAUGACUACCGUCGACUACCGCUGGUCUCCCCCUCCCACUACUUCAUACCACUUUGGUGCGAGUCGCGCCAUGAUGGACGUAGACGACUCCUCCGCUGAAAGUGACGAGUCGCACUUUCUCGCCGUCUACAACCUUGAUACCGCCGUGAAUGGCCUAAAACCUCACAAGCCUCUCUUGGCUCGGCGCCCUAGCCUCUCUACUGUCGUCGUGGAUCUUGCGCUUCUUCUCAAAGCGAGCUGCAAGAAGCUCCUCGCGCCGGCCACUAAUCUGAGAGCUACCCGCCCCACACCCACAUCCUGA